AUGCACUUUACAAUGUCCUAUUGCGCGACUGUCCAUCACGACCCGGCUGUCGCACCGGGGCCAUUCUUGCUCUCACGAGCCGGGCAGGAGCCACUUAUUGGCUAUUGUCCAGUUGCGUGUAGCCAAAAAGACAUCGUACUUCCUAUCCCUUGGUACAAAGACAUGCCGCCUCCCGUCUUGGCACCUGAGCCGGUCAAACUGGAACAAGCACGAUCUCGUUUCUUUUUGGCGACGAAAGAAGCCGCUGCUGCCCAAAACGGCAAGACUCUCAAUGAAUGCCAUGCGCUGUGA